CUUGCAGGCGAAAAGGCGGGGCCAGAGCGCUGCCGGCUCCGCUGACUGGUGGGAGCCGGGAUCGGUGCCGCCGGAGGGCUGCGGCGGCGGCCUGCAGGUGACGCAGCCUCCCCUUAAGAUGUAACGGAGCAACUCCUGCGUCUCCCGCCAAACAGACGAGAAGCUGGGUGCGGCCUCUCGAGAUGGGAGGUCGGCGGUCUCCCUUAGAACCCCGUUUACCGCACCAAGCACAGUUAAGCGGUGAUCUCGGGGUGUCCGAAGAGGAUGAGGAACUCGAGGGUUUCAUGCGGGAGGCAGCAAUCUUGCGUGCAAAGCUGCGGGAGGCUCUCAGUCAUACAUCUGGUAACAAAAGGCAGUCCAGUUCCUUGAUUGACCUCACCUCGGACAGUACCUGGGAUCAACAAAAGCCUCACUUUCCUAAAUCCUGCUUGAGGCCAAAAAGUGCUUCAUCUCCCUGGAUUCCUUCCAUCACCAUCCCUCAGCCUUUCAAAAUGACGCUGCGGGAAGCUCGCAAAAAGUCCCAGUUGAUGAAAGCAUACAUGUUUCUUGAACUAGACAAACACAGAGAUAAAAGGCAAAGCCAGGAUGAAGCUGAAUGUCAGAAACAAUUCCGGGCACAGCCUGUACCUGCCCAUGUGUUUCUGCCCCUUUAUCAAGAAAUCAUGGAGCAGAAUGAGAUUCGCAGGCAAAUAGCAACACAGAAAAGAAAGGAGCUGCUAAUUUCAACCCAGCGGCCCUUCAGUUUCCUGGAGAAGGAGGAGAAAAAGAAAGAAGCUAUCAGACAAAAGUUCCUGGCAGCAGCAACCCCAAAUGAGAGCUCCAAACAGAAGCAAGCCAGUAAAAAAGUUCCUAAAUCUACUUAUGACCCACUCCUUGGAGAUAAAGAAGCUGAACUCUACAGAGAAAUCCGCAUUCAAAUGAGAGCAAAGGAUUUGCUUAAGAGCUCCGUAGCUCCCAUAGAUACAAGCGCCUCUCGGAGAGAGCCUCAGUCCCGAACUGCCAGUAAAACUAAGCAGAAAAGGCUUGGCUUCUUGCAGGACAAAACUUUCAGCUUCAAGCCAAGGAUUAAUACAACAGUACCAGAUUUUGAAGGACUUUACUGGGCAUUUCAGAGGGAAGCAGUAAGGAGACAAGAAGUCAAAGAGGCAACUUGUAAUAAGCCAUUCAAGCUAAGAACCUCCAGUCUCCAUGGCAGGCAGAGGCAGGCUAAUGACAAGAUACAGGAUUCUCAGCCGCUUUCCAAGGUUUCAGUGCAAAAAAGUCAUUCUGUGACUGGCCUUUCCUCUCUCUCCUCCAACACCCUUCCAGUGUACAUUACAGAUGCAACUAGAAAAAGAGAGUCUGCUAUUAGAUACUCCCAAGAUAAUAAAAAGGAAGGGGAUAAAGAAAAAAUGUAUUGGGUGGAGAAACAGAAGAAGAAAUGUCAGGCUAUCCGAAAGUCAGUGAACAGCCGAGCAAAAGCCCUGGAUCCACAUAAAAGUCUGGAGGAAACACACAAGGAGAAGCUGAAACAGAACUGGCAAAAUAUGAGAGAGAGAACAAAAGAAUACAGAAAGGAGCUGGAAGAAAUGCAGCUGCGAAUGAAGGACAGACCAUACCUCUUUGAACAGGUCACCAAGCGUGAUGCUCGACAGGGAGUAGAGCGUCGCUACAUGCACACCCUCCAGCAGGCUGGCCUAAGUGAGGAAUUUGUGAGAAAGAAAGGGAAAGAUGCCACUGACUUGCUGGAAGAAGAAUCUGAUGUUCACAGAGUCUCCAGGCCUGAGGAUGAAACUGAUGACUGUACCCCAGACGAAGAACAUCAAGAGGAAGAGAAGGAAAAGGAAAUAGCAACAUAAGAUCUAGCAGAAGAAUCCACUGAUCAGCUCUUGAUUUUUUUUUUACAUCAAGAUUCUCCAGGUUAAUCCUUGGGAACUUCACGGUUUAGGUCGACAUACUGACCUUUAAGAUCUGAGAACUUAGUAAGGGGAAAAAAAGCUGUUGUUCAGAGCAUGUCUUGUCCAGCCCAGCAAACUCUGCAUCCUCCCUUAGUCUUCACAAGUGUUCACGUAAGCUAUUUCACUUUCUUGAACAGACAACAUAAGUUUAAAAGGUUGAUAUAUGUGGUAGGAGGCUUUUAAACAAGGUAGUUCUAAAAAACAAAACUGCUUGAGGAAGACUCAGAAGUCAGUCUCCAUUUCUCUUCAUUCACUUAUUAGCAGCUCCCAUAUAGACAAUCUGCUGCUUCUUUCCUAAAGAAAAUGCCCCCAUAUUUCAUUAUUUGAAUCUGUUUUAACAUCCUAUCAAUUAUUAUUAUAGUCAUUAAUUUGACUUGAAAAAAACCCAAAAUUAUGAAGGUCAUCAUUAAACAAUGCAUCACUUUAGACUGCUGUUGACAUAAUGAUACCAAUACUGUGAUAGCAAAGAUGGAUUUCAGUGGCAGAAAGACUAGAAGUUACCUGUCAGCAUGUUGCCCUCAAAUACACCAUCUUCCAUGGUGUAUUUCACCUAUUAGUGGUCUUCCUUUACCUGACAGUAAUAAUGAUCUCAAAAUUACAAACCCUUACCACCUGGUAUGUUUUUUGAGAAUUAUAUUAAAGCACUCUCUAGAUAAAAAAACCAAACAAACCACAAACAUCAACCUAUACUGUCUCUGCAUUGUCCACCUCCAUCUCAAUCAUCCUUUGCUCACUUUUUUAAUAGAGGCAGUGUCACUUUUCAUCUUUGUCACCUCAAUCAAUUUCUUCUUACACUGUUGCAAUAAAACCCACCACCAAAUCAGAAACACGGUACCUGUUAGAGCUAUCACAUUAAAGAUGUAAGACUGAGUUAAUGACAUUUUUAAUCAAAACAAAGUACUAGAUCAAAGAAUUUAUGCCCCUGGGAUUUCAGGCUGCUGUGUUACACUUCUGCAGAGAUUAACAGGUAGCUGAAUGCAUUGGUUUGCAGCGGUUUUACUGACUCACAAUCUCCACACCAAGAAGAGACUUAAGCACCCAGGAAAGUUCAAGGAAGGCUGAAUCAAUGUACUACUUUCUACUUAGGUUUAAUUGUGUAGGACAUGCAAAGGCUGUUCUUUCUCCUGCAUCCCCUGGAAAAGUGUAGUGAUGUAAUAUUGUCACCGUGCCUUGUCACACUGAAAGAGGAAGGAAAGUUAAGUUUCUUCCAUGCUCCAAGUCUGAGGUUUAAAGUCCAUUAGAUGUGUAUGAUGUAUCUGGAGAAGUGAGAGUUUAGUUUUAACUUACACACUUUAAGGAGUAUUUAUUAAAAUUGGUUGCUAAUUUCCAUAAUACUUGAUUAUACUGGAAAAGGCAAUUUCCAAGUAUGUGAAAUUUAAAGGAAAACUUUUAAGAAAGGAGGCAUAAGGGCUUGAUUUUAAUUUAAUAUAUGGGAUAUUAAAUUAAUAUAAGGAAUAUUAUGCCAUAUCCCUGUAACAAAUACUAAGGUGACAUGCAUGAAUACAGUAACAGGUAAAUCCAAGUUUUAAUAUUGGUCCCUAAACAGAAAUUACUAAAUGGUGAGUUUGAAGCUUUUGUUUUCAUAAGUAACUGAUAUUUAUUAACACCUUUCUGUUAAACCAAUUGUUGCUCUAAAAGAGAUUGUAAUCUCUUAAUGUACAUCAAAUAUGGAAAUAAAGAAUGUAAACUUUUA